AUGAGUGUCUGGAACCCACCCAGACUCCUGGACCUAGCAGCAACGGGUCUGCUGAGGGAUGAGACCUCGGUCAUCUCCAUUGUGGAGUAUCUGCCCACCGAGCUCUUCCCACCACUGUUCAUUUUGGCCUUCUAUGGGAGACACAGUGAGGCCCUGAAGGCCAUGGUGCAAGCCUGGACCUUUGUCCGCCUGCCUCUGGGGGGUCUGAUGCAGACGCCUCACCGGGGGACCUUACAAGCAGUGUUGGACGGUAUUGAUGUCCUAGUUGCCCAGCAGGAUCUCCCCAGGAGGUGCAGGCUGCGGGUGCUGGAUUUAAGGCACACUGGGCAGUAUUUCUGGGGCAUGUGGUCUGGAGCCAGUUACCAUGUGCACUCAAACUCACUGAUAGCACAAUUGGCUGAGGACAGGUCAAGAACAAAGCAGCCGUUAGCUCUGUUGGAGGUGUUUGUAGAACUUCACCUCAAGGAAAGUAACCUGGAUGAAUUCCUCAUCUACCUUCUCCGGUGGGUGGAGCAGAGAAAAGGUUCCAUACACCUGUGCUGUAAGAAGCUGAGGAUCAUUACAAUGCCCACAGAAAACAUCAAGGAAGUCCUGAGUAGGGUGCAGCUGGACUGUAUCCAGGAGGUGCAAAUGAAUAGCACCUGGCAUCUGUCCACCCUGGCCGUGUUUGCUCCUCUCCUGGGCCAGAUGAGUAACGUGCAGAGACUCCUUUUCUCCCAUGUCUACUUGUCUGCCUUUGAGGAGCAGCAGCAGCAGCAUGUUUUCCAAUUUACCUCUCAGUUCCUCAGGCUGUACCACCUCCGGGAUCUCCGUAUGGAAUCUCCCUCCUUCCUUGAAGACUGUCUGGACCAAAUGCUCAGCUGCCUGAAGACCCCCUUGGACAACCUCUCAAUAACCAACUGCCUGUUUACAGAUUCAGACUUGCUCCAUCUGUCCCAGUGCCCGAGCAUCAGUCAGCUAAAAGGCCUGGAUCUGAGUGGCGUCACUCUGACCAACUUUAGCCAACUUUAGCCCCUCCUCAGUGGCUUUCUUCCUGUUCUCAAGUUGGCCAAGCUCUUCACUACAUCAGGAUUUGCACAAUGCACCCAUGGCUCCAACACGAUCCCCUCAACUGGCAUGUACACUUGA